CUUCUGUCCUGUUGGUCAAAAGAUUGACAAGCCUGUUUCAAAAGAGCAGGCAGCAGGUUAACUAAUCUGGAAAAGGAAAAAUUUGUGUUACUAUGACAACUAAAAUGUUUUCACUCCAGGAGAUCAGAAAGGUAUAAUUGUGCUGACUGUCUAAAUCCAAGUAAGGGAAUGGUAGCGGGUCAGGCUCAGGCAGCCUGGAAUGCCCACUAUUUUUGCACUUUGAACUCAGUUUGCAUCAAUUGAAGUAAGUUGAGGGAAAAGGAGAAAAGUGGGAUCAGGAAAAAAAAAACUGAGACAUUUUAAAAGCAGCUUAAAAGUGGGACACCAGAGGAUUAACCAGAACUAUCCCUGCUAACCAACAGUUGGAUGGUUAAAUAUUUUUUUAAACCCCCCAAAAGCAAUCUUUGCUGUUCACCAUUUUAUAUAAGGGAUAUCAUUUUAUUAUGCCAUUAAUGGGACUUGAGCAUCCAUGGAUUUUGGUAUCCAUGAGGGGUCUUGGAACCAAAGCCCAGUGGACACCUUUUCUGGAGAUGUAAUUUUUUAGACACUAAAAUGUCAAUAUUCCAUGUCUUUUUGAUUCAGAGAACCUAUUUAAUUUCCCCCCAUUAAAUAUAGCUACAUUGGCAUACGCUGUUUUCAUAUCCUCUAACUAUCCCGGCUUGUCAGGGGCAGUCUCAAGAAUUACUGAGUGACUUUGAGCAAGUCACACUCUCUCAGCUUCAGAGGAUGGCAAUGGCAAAACCUCCUCCAAAUAAAUUCUGCCAAGAAAACCCCAUGAUAUGUUCGCCUUAGGGUCACUAUAAGUCAGAAACUACUUGAUGGACCCAGGUUUAGUGAUUUUUGGUCAAGUGUGUGGAUUCGCACAGAGUAGACAGCGUGGUGUAGUGGUUUGACUGUGACUCUGGAUACUAGGGUUCGAAUCACGGCUCUGCCAUGUAAACUCACAUUGGGCAAGUCAUACUCUCUCCGCCUCAGAGGAUAGCAAUGGCAAACUUCCUCUGAACAAAUUUUGCCAAGAAAACCCCAUGAUAGGAUGCUUUGGGGAUGCUGUAAGUUGGAAACAACCUGGAAGGUACAAGUCACACUCUCUCAGCCUCAGAUGUUGGUAGCAUGGGCUUUGUUGGGCUUUGGCAGGCUUGAGCCUAGUUCCUCAGAUGCAUGUGGUGGAGUGGAAAGCCUUGGGGCAGAACAAAGUUUAGUGGUCAACCCUGCCGAUUUCUAGAGAGUAACAGACAAAGCGAAAUUUUGAAAUGAUAGGUUAGCUAAGAGGCAUGGCUCAUCAUUUGAGCCAUUACGGUAGCAGUGAUGUAGAAACCAGAGAAAUCCAAGACUGUGGAAAAUAAGGUAGAGGCGAGCUGAGUCACGCUUACCGUAGUAACCCAGAUAGAUGUGCACUGCGCACCCAUGAGUCCACACCAAAGCUGGAUGUGCAAAUCUGAUGACGGCUAUUGCCUCUACACUGAGUCAGCCUUGACCACAAAGCCAUAUAAGCUACGAUUAGCCUUUCUUUGCAAGGAAUUUCUGCCUAAUGACGGAAAUGAGAGAAAGAACAAGCCUAAAAAUACAGCCAUUCCCUGGGUGGGUGGGGGUCAGCAAUUUGCAUACUGUCAGUUGCCAUCUGGAGAGAAAGUGGUUUCCUUUAGUUGCAAAAGGUGCUUCGAAGAGGCGGGGCGAGACCCAAAAGAACCUACAAAAGAGCCCAGCUGGACCAGAGCAAAGUCCUUUGGACCGUUUCCUGCAGUGGAUGGACAGAUCGGAUGCCUCCCAGGAGCAAGCUGUUAUGUAUGCUGAACCAUCCACCAUGAAUUUCCGGAACCAUGGGUUCUUCCGCCGUUCUCCACCCCCUUCUGUGGCAAAACCAUCACCUACUGCUGGGAAUAGUUUGUCCGUUUUAGGAGGCAUUGCUCAAAUCUCCCCAUGCCUCUAUCUCUGCUCUGGCAAUGCUGCUUCCAAUAGGCAUUUGGUCUACUCCAGGGCUGUAACGUGCGUAGUGAAUGCCACCAUGGAAAUCCCCAAUGCCAACUGGCCAGAUAUUGACUACAUCAAGGUACCUGUUCCUGAUCUUCCACAUGCUCCACUCUCCUUGUACUUUGACUCUGUGGCUGACAGGAUACAUCAGACAGGGAAGAAGAAUGGAAGAACCCUUGUCCAUUGUGUAGCAGGUGUCAGUAGGUCUGCCUCUCUUUGUAUAGCCUACUUAAUGAAGUAUCACCGGCUGAGUCUCUUGGAUGCCCAUGAGUGGGUGAAGAGCAGACGACCCGUUGUAAGGCCCAACGUAGGCUUUUGGAGACAGCUCAUUGAAUAUGAACGCAAGCUGUUUGGCAAGAACACUGUCAAGAUGGUGCCCUCACCAAUUGGGUUGAUCCCAGAUGUAUAUGAAAAGGAAACCCGUGGCCUGGUCCCCUUGUGGAACUUAAGAUAGACACUGGGCAACUUUGGGAAGAUGGUUGGGUGGUGGGCUUCUUGGAUUUAGGGUCAGAAUAUUCCACCCUGUUAGGACCACUAAUAAGACCUUGUGACAGGGUGGACCUUGAUGAGAAAUUCUGUUAUGAUAGUCUUUUUGUAAGACCUUGCAAUAUAAGUAGAUUAUGGAAAAGAUAUGAGUCACUUGAGCUGUUCAAUGUCUUUGAUGUUUGGUUCUGCCAUGUCAGAUGUUGCUAAGAAUUUAUAUCUCGCUUAUAUUCUGAGAAGAUGGUUCAAAACAAAGUACAAGGAGUAUUUCUAAUGAAAACAGGAGCUCCAAGGUCUUACUAAAUUGAUGCUUUCUUUGCAAGGAGAAAGGAAAAAAAGCAUCUGUAGUUAGGAAUUAAUGUAGUUAGGAAUUUAAAGCUUUGGGGUUACAGAAGGAACAACAGCAACUAAAAGGUAAUUGUGCUAUGGUUAGAAGCAAAAUUUUAUAGUACAAGAGAAAGAUAGUUUCCAGUUGAAAAUUUCUAAGAUUACCAUGGUUGGAAGAGUAAGGUACUGUAUAUCCAGAGGUGGUACAAAUUUUCAGAUCAGUCACAAGAAAAUCUAUUCAGUAUUUCAAAGUGGAGUGAGUAGCUGGGGACCUUAAAGCCCUGAAGUUUUCCCCAUUACCUUAUGAAGUGUGGGGAAAUUGUGGGGAGAGAAAGAGCUCAAUUGAGGAUGAAAGUUUGCUUUGGAGGUACAACUGCUCCAGCAUUUUAAGUCCCCACUUACCAAGAAAUUUAGUAAAUUAAGAGACCCCUUGUUAUAAGUUUCUGCUGUGAAGUAAUCCACCUUGAAAGGACUUAACCAUCUGCACUCACCAGACCCUUUGUUUCCAAAAAGGAGCCAUCUUGUACAUGGUAAUUUUUAGCACUCUCAUUAUUAUUACCAUUUUUGGUGACUAUACAAGGAGUGGGUAACAAUUUCACAAUAGCAUUUUCAUUCCAGAUCAAGGAAUGUGUUUCAUCCCCACUUUUGGCGGUUUCGGCCUAUGUGUACCUUUCAGAGCAAUUUCCUACUAGACCUCUCUGCAUAUAAAGCAGGCCUAGCUAGAAAGUUCUAGAAGCUUAAGAGAUCACAGUUUAAAGUGGUUGGUAAACCAGUCUGGGUUUUGGGAAAGGAUUGUUUAUUGGCAGAAGAAUGUUUUAUGGUUUUUCUGAGAACUGUGACUUAUGUGCACAUUUGAAGAUGGGAUUGUCGAUCUCCUCAUUCUCACAGAAAACCUCUACUCAAAAAGUCGCUUUUAGUUUCUUGAAGAAAAGAAGAAACCUUGAAGAGAGGCUCUAGGGCCCUUGCCGCACAAUAUUAUCUCUACAGACCAAGCACUUUCAGGAAUGAUUGAGGUAUUUGAAGAUAGAAAGCUGUUUCUUUUCAUCAUACCAUGAAUAAACAAGUGGAGCAUUUCAGGGGUGGCACUCAUGUGGCCUUCAAGAUGAUGGAUUGCAGCUCCCAGCAUUCCUUAGCAUUAGUUGUGCUGGUUAUGUGAGGACCACAGUCCAACAACAUCUGGAAGGCCACAUGAUUUCCACUCUGAAAGAUUAAAUUCAAUGUGUGUGUUGAGGGAGGGAUGUCAUCUGGUACAGACACUUAUGUAGCAGUUUGGAGCUUUUAUUCAGUUAUUAGGCAAUAACCCAUCUCCUCCAUCUACACUUUCAGCUUGUGACUUGUAAUUUGGUGACAAUGAAAAGUGUUUUGAAAAUAUAGAAGUACUAUUUGUUGGGGUGCAGGGGGCACUUUUUUUGGAACAUUUAGGGACCUUUUAGGUUUACUUAUUAGGCAGAUUAUUAUUUCAGUAGUUUCUUGUGUGAAAUUUAUCAGCUGCUAAAAGUUCACUUAAUGAAGAUAGAAACCAAUAGCACCUGCAAAAAUAUAUUGAAAUUUUGAACAAAACUUUACACUUACACCUUAGGACAAGUGUGGAAAUCACAUAGCUCUCCAGAUGUUGUUGGUUUGCAAUUCCCACCAGUAAUAGCCACCAAUGGUGGUGAAUGCUUGGACUCAGUCCAACAACAUCCUAGAGGAUGAACACAAUUCCCAGCUCCUGCUUUAGACUGAAAAAAUACUCAAUUCAAAAGCAAGAUUAGGAUGUUCUUGAGUGAAAGGUUAUUAUAUGGGCCUUCUUCCAUCCAAAACAAAGCUUUCAGUCACACCUUUACUUUAUGCAUUCUCAGGACUAAUUUUUGCAUUGCCUAUUUUCCAGCUGUUUAAGCAGUAGGAUUACACUGAGGAAAGAGCUGAAGUGAUGUCAAGAAUCAUAAUGCCAGAAGUCUCAUUCUUCAAAAUUAGGCACAAAACUAUCAAGGUUGAAAAGGGCCUCCAAAUCUCCUCAAACUGCCAGCAUCAUAGUGGGUGUCUAACCAAUAAGAGAAAGAGUGGGAGGGAGACCUUUUCAGACCGAAUGUAACCCAUGCUAACUCAAGGGUCACGCAAACAUUUCUAUGGGUUAGGCCCACAAGUAGAACUGCAGCUAUCACUAAGGAACUUAUUAUAGGGCUCGGAGCAUAAGCUGGUCUUCCUUUCAAAUGGUAUAUAUGUGUAUAUAUAAAUAUUUAAAGCUGCUCCAGUUCUGUAAACUUUAUACAUACUAGAGGAUUAAAAGGGGGGAAAGUCUCUAUAUUAAUUAAAAGUUAGGAUUUCAUAUGGCUUCAGUUCAAUCACAAAAUAUAUUAAUAAAAAUA